GUGUAAUCAAUGGGCAUUCAAAGGGCAAUGUUGAGACGGGCUAUUCGAGGAGUAGCGACGUUUGCCGAGGGAGAUGUUGUGAUGAUUCGAUCUGUUGUUCGAAGCGAUAGAUGUUGGCUUUCAGAGCCUUUGAGGGAGGGUGGUAAAGUCAACAUCAACCAAGGAACAAUAUCCCAUGACGAUAUUGUCGGGAUGAAAUCCAGAAGCCUUGUUAAAUCCAGCCAGGACAACUCCUACAUAGUGACUGAGGCAUCCACUGAAGACUAUAUAACGCUAUCAAGGAGAGCUGCUACGCCUAUCUACCCACUUGAUGCUAAUGCUAUUGUUUCAUUGGCAGAUUUACACGUUGAUUUCCCAGAGUUGACAUCUGCUGGUGGGUUGAAAGAACCACCGCUACAGUUCUUUGAGGCAGGCACAGGACACGGAUCUCUGACCCUUGCUAUUGUGUCAAGGUUACACCCUGCUAACUGUUUCUACAAAAGCCACGGUGUCAGAGGUGCUGUCUUACACUCGAUUGAUCGUAACGAAGCACAUUCAAAUGUUGGUAAGAGAACCAUACGCCAAUUUAGAAGGGGAAUGUACAUUGAUGACGUUGAGUUCCACCUUGCAGAGUCCCCAAGUGAAUGGUUAUCCCGUGCUGAUCACUGGAAGUCAUUAGAUCCAUCAGAAGAGUUCCUAAGUGGUGCAUUCCUAGACCUUCCGGAUCUCUCAGGCGCCAUGGGACCUCUUUCAAAAUAUUUGAAACAAGAUGCUCCUCUUGUCGUGUUCUGUCCUUCUAUAACUCAAAUACUGGAUGUGCUCACCACCAUUAGAGAAGAAGAUAUCAAAUUAACGCAUAUCAGAACUGUUCAGCUGAUGCCUGGGAUGGGUGGUGGAUUGCAAGACUGGGAUACUAGGCACACCAGGGUCAAGGUCACAGGAGAGGAGAGCAUCAUCUGUAGGCCAAGGGUUGGCUCUCGUCUAGUGGGUGGUGGAUUCGUUGCAGUUUUCAAGAAACUUCCUAGAGAUGCAAUCCUGAAAUCAUAGUUAAAAAUUUUAGACUAAAUGAUAAUGUACAUACAAAAUGGAUUAGAAAAGGAUGAAAUCAUAAUACAG